GACACGCAUUGCCAGCCAUAAAAAGAUUGUAGAUCAGUGAUGAUCUUUACAGGCUAUAUAAUUAUAAGCGUUUGUCAGUAACAUGGAUGGAAUAAAAACCAUAAAAGAUAGAUUUGUCGGCAAAUGGAAACUCGAUAGAAGUGAACGUUUUGAAGAUUUCUUACGAGAAUGUGGUGUAAAUUUCUUUGCUCGGAAGAUGGCUGGUUUGGCUACACCAGUUUCUGAAAUCUCUGUGAAAGAUGAUGAUCAAGUGCAUAUUUCUAUGGCUACUGCUUUUAUGACACAAGAAGACACAUUCAAGCUGGGUGAAGAAUUUGAAAAGGACAUGCGUGGGAACAAGAUGGUGGGUAAGUCAUCCUUUGAAGAUGGAAAGAUUGUAAUACAAUACACCCCCACAGAUCCCGACAUAAAGCCACAGAAAGUAACCAGAGAAAUCGUAAACGGAGAGUUAGUGCAGACAAUGGAGAUUGGUGAUGUGAUCUGUAAACGCUUUUCGAAACGCAUGGAUUCCGAGGUUUAGUAAAAGGAAGAGACUGUAUUUUCCAUUAUAAUAUAUAUACUCACUAUCUUACAAGAAGGAUCAUUGGUUCAUUAUAAUUUUAUUAAGAAUAAAGGAAAUUCUUUAUUAUC